UACCGUUCUGUGUUGUCAGAGCUGUGUCUGUUCUGGUCUCUGUCUCUGGUCUGUGUGGUUUCAGAUGUCGGGGCUGCAGAGAGCAGAGUUUCCUGCAGAUGUCAGAAAAGUGAUCAUUGGUGAGGAGGAGCAGGAGGACAUUAAACCUCCACUCAUCAAAGAGGAGCAGGAGGAACUGUGGAUUAGUCAAGAGAGAGAGCAGCUUCAAGAGCAGGAGGAGGCUGAUACCACCAAUUUCCCCUUCACUCCUGUUUCUGCCAAGAGUGAAGAUGAUGAAGAGAAAAAUCCUGAACAGAUGGAAACAGGAGCUGAUGGAGAGGACUGUGGUGGAGCAGAAGCAGAGAGAUACUUACCACCUGACACUGAGAUCAAGACUGAAGACUCCUCUGAAUGUGAGACUGAAGACAGAGAUGUCUGGAGGGACACUGGAGAGAAUGAAGCAGGUUUAAACUCUCCUGAUUCUGAUGGAAGUGUGGACAGCGAUUUUUGGACAGAACACAGGGUACGCAGAGUGCGGUCUGGUUUAAAUUCUUCUGAUACUGAUGGCAGUUUGGAAAGUGAUGAUUGUAGGGAGACCAGAGAGGUAGAGGGAGAACAUCAGUCAGGGUUACACUUUCUGGGGAACAUCAAACACAAGAGAAGAAAAUCAGGUAAAAAAUCAAAAACCUGCACUGAAUGUAGUAAAAUGUUCCGAAAGAACCACGACCUGAAAGUCCACAUGAGAACUCACACAGGAGAGAGACCCUACAGCUGCACAGAGUGCGGUAAAGGAUUUAUCCAAAAACAAAGUCUGACUAGACAUCUGACAGUUCACAGUGGAAAGAAACCAUUUAGCUGCUCUGAGUGUAAUGUAAGAUUUAAUUAUAAAGAAGGUCUGACCAGACACAUGUUAGUCCACAGCGGGGAAAAACGCUACAGCUGCGGAGUGUGUGACCAAACAUUCACAUGGCAUAGACAGUUGAAAGUACAUAAAUGUGCCAAAGGUCAGCCUUCAGAGCUUCAUCUAAACAAAACAGACAAGAAAAUAGAGGCAGAACUGGGAGCUAAUGGAGAGGACUGUGGAGGAGCAGAUCCAGAGGGAGACUCUGAUCCAAAGAGAUAUUUACAUCCAGAGACUGAGGAUGCUUCUGAAGCUGAGACUGAUGACAGUGAUGACUGGAGAGAGACACAAGGACAGCGGCCAGGCUUAAACUCUGCAGAAAACAUAAAGGACAAGAGAACAGACACUGAUAAGAAACCCCACAGCUGCCUUGAGUGUGGCAAAAAAUUUAGAUUGAAAUUUGACCUUACCUUACACAUAAGAAUUCACACAGGAGAGAGACCCUACAGCUGCUCCAAAUGUGAGAAAAGAUUCAUCCGAAAAGGAAGCCUAUCCAGACACAUGAUGUCGCAUAUGGAGGAAAGACCUUUCAUCUGCUCUGAGUGUGGUAAAACAUUUAAAACAAAAAUUAAUCUGACCUUACAUAUGCAAAUCCACUCAGAAGAGAAACCCUAUGGCUGCUCUAGGUGUGGUAAAAGAUUUUACCAAAAAGGAAGUGUGGCCAUACACAUGAUAACCUGUGGCAGAAAAGAUUUACUGAAACAAUAUUCUGACAGCUCACUUGGCACUUCAUAGAAAAGAGAAACCCUUCUGCUGCUCUGAGUGUGAUAAAAGAUUUUGUCACAAAGAAAAUGUGGCCUAAGUAAGAAAACUGCAUGUCUGCCCCAUAUGCUGUAAAAUAUUUCACCCUGUUUCUUGGUUUGUGGAACUGUAUAAUAGCUGGGUUUACAUCCAUGCAGUACUCUUGAUUCUUGAUCCAGUCAAGUAUAUAAGUAUUUAUUGCUAUCACUUAUUGUGUUGUUGUUUCAUGUUAUUUAU